AUAGUUUGAAUGUAUAAAACACGUAGCAGAUCUCUAGAAGAUGUAGACGCAACAUCCACAAGUCAUCCUUGCCUGGAUUUCCUCAAGAAUUUGGUUCUGAUUCUUUUUUUGUCAGCCAAGGCAAGCCCUCUUUUCAGCAACAGUAAACCCACUCCACACUCAAUAAAACUCAACGAAUGCCAUUUUGUAAAACCAAAAAGAUUUUACUCUCUAAUCCCUCAACCCCUGACUGCUACUCCCCCGUCCCCCCCCCAUCCCCCCAUCUCUCUCUCUCACUCAAAGGACUAUGUUUUCCAAUCCCACCAAAACCCAGAAGCCCAAUCCCUCCUCUGAAGACACACAAAAGAGGCUCGAACGUGAGAUUAGAGACAUAGUCUCUGUCCUCACACACCGCCUCCUUGAUUUUCCGGCAUCCUCCAUGGAUGAUCCAGCAGCUGGUAUCAUAACUCUUGCUGGAUGCAACACUGGUGCUUCACUAAAGGCUGAUAUUGAUGGGCUAAAUGCCAACCAUUUUGGGCUUUCAAGUGAUGGGGAAGAGGUGAUGAGAGCAUGUGCAAACAGUAAUUUUCAAGCUGUGAACAAUUCCAUUAUGUUUGGUGCAAGUUGCAGUGCGAAGAAUCCCGGUGUCCAUAUGGUUAUCACUACACUUGAUGAUUCUGGGCAUUGGUCAGAUGAUGGAUCUGGUAAGAAAGAAGAGAAAAAGAUGCACAAGAGCAAGAUAUCAUCUUCCAGGUCUGAUAAAGAAGGUGCUGAAAGUGCGUAGCCUAAAACCAUAGGCUAAAAUAUAAAAAUAAAUAUUACAUGGUAUUGGAUGCAAUGCUCCUGAUCUUCUGGAUUUAGGGGAAGCAGUGAAUAAAAGCAAGGUGGGGCUAGCUGUCUCACAUUAGGUAGAUGGCAUUUUGUUUGAUUCUUGUUUAUUUUGUAAGGAAUAAGAUAUGAGAAUGGUGAUUGUGUGUUUUUUUUUUGUUUUCUCAUGCACGGUGUUUUGAAAGUUGAUAUGAAUUAAAUGUGAUACUCGGCGUUGCUUACUGGAA